UAACGAACCACACUUGAAGCGAUACAUCAAAGAACCGCCAUGGACGGCCUAAUCCCUAUGGCGUAUCGUGCCCUCAAGAGCUACAAAGCUCAUCGCGGCUACAAGUGCCUCUCCACCGCCGCCGCCGCUGCCGCUGAUGAUCUCCACGACAGCGCCGACAACAAUACCUCCUCCAGCAAGAGAGUUGGGUUCUUCGACAACCGUGAGCAAAAGCUACUCGAAGAAGGGCGUCGCCGCCGGCAGAGCUGCGAGGAAGCAGCCGCAGGAGAUCCGGCAGAAGCGUAAUAGAGAGCAGUCGUUGUUCGUUCCAUCGAUGUAGAGGUUAGCGAAAGAGCUAAACCCAGCAAAAAAAAAAAAAAGAUAAUAAAAGAAAGAACUCGGAGAUUCUUGCACUCUCCCGUGGACUAGUCCCAAUUUUUUUUUGGGGAAACCACGUAAAAAUCGUGUCUCGUGUUUGUUUAUGUUUUCCGUAUUUUCGAUUUUGGUCGAUUCGAUAUAAUUAACAUAGUAGACUAGAUUAUGGAUCUCAAACAAGUAUGGUGAACAAGUUUCAAUUUUUGCGCAAACCAAGAAACAAAGUAUUGGAAACCUAGCUAAUCGCGAGAUGAUCGAAAAUCUGAGGAAAAAAUUGACGGGUUAUAAUAUAUUCAUUUAAGUGAA